AUGAAGGAAUAUCAGGUAUAUUUAGAACGAGCUAGAUCUCGCCAACAGGACUUCCUAUACCCACUUUUUUUUCGGGAGUAUAUUUAUGGACUUGCUUAUAGUCAUAAUUGGAGUAGAUCCAUUUUUGUGGAAAAUGGGGGUUAUGACAAUAAAUAUAGUUUACUAAAUGUAAAACGUUUAAUUACUCGAAUGUAUCAACAGAAUCAUUUAAUCAUUUCGGCUAAUGAUUCUCCCAAAAAUCCAUUUGGGGGAUAUAAUAAGAAUUUGGAUUCUCAAAUAAUAUCAGAGGGUUUUGCCAUCGUCGUGGAAAUGCCAUUUUUCCUACAAUUAAGCUCUUCCUUAGAGGAAGCAGAAAUCAUAAAAUCUUAUAAAAAUGUGAGAUCAAUUCAUUCCAUUUUUCCCUUUUUCGAGGAUAAAUUUACAUAUUUAAAUUAUGUCUCAGAUAUAAGAAUACCCUAUCCUAUCCAUCUGGAAAUCUUAGUUCAAAUCCUUCGAUACUGGGUGAAAGAUGCCCCCUUUUUUCAUUUAUUACGGUUAUUUCUUUAUCAUUUUAGUAAUUGGAAUCGUUUUAUUACUACCAAAAAAUCGAUUUCUACUUUUUCAAAAAGUAAUCCAAGAUUAUUCUUGUUCCUCUAUAAUUUUUAUGUACGUGAAUAUGAAUCUAUCUUCCUUUUUCUACGUAAUAAAUCCUCUCAUUUACGAUUAAAAUCUUUUAGCGUUUUUUUAGAGCGAAUUUUUUUUUAUGCAAAAAGAGAACAUCUUGUAGAAGUUUUUGCUAAGGAUUUUUCGUAUCCUUUACCAUUCUUCAAGGAUCCCAACAUUCAUUAUGUUAGAUAUCAAGGAAAAUGUAUUCUGGCUUCAAAGAAUGUGCCUUUUUUGAUGAAAAAAUGGAAACACUAUUUUAUCCAUUUAUGGCAAUGUUUUUUUGAUCUUUGGUCUCAACCAAGAACGAUCAAUAUAAACCAAUUAUCUGAACAUUCAUUUCAGCUUUUAGGCUAUUUUUCAAAUGUGCGGCUAAAUCGUUCAGUGGUACGGAGUCAAAUGCUGCAAAAUACAUUUCUAAUCGAAAUUGUUAUCAAAAAACUUGAUAUAAUAGUUCCAAUUAUUCCUCUAAUUAGAUCGUUGGCUAAAGCGAAAUUUUGUAAUGUAUUGGGGCAUCCCAUCAGUAAGCCGGUCUGGGCCGAUUUAUCCGAUUUUGAUAUUAUUGAGCGAUUUUUGCGAAUAUGCAGAAAUCUUUCUCAUUAUUACAGUGGAUCCUCAAAAAAAAAAAGUUUGUAUCGAAUAAAAUAUAUACUUCGGCUUUCUUGUAUUAAAACUUUAGCUUGUAAACACAAAAGUACUGUACGCGCUUUUUUGAAAAGAUCAGGUUCAGAAGAAUUAUUGGAAGAAUUCUUUACCGAGGAAGAAGAGAUUCUUUCUCUGAUUUUUCCAAGAGAUUCUUUUACUUUGCAUAGGUUCUAUAGAAAUCGGAUUUGGUAUUUGGAUAUUCUUUUCAGCAACGAUCUGGUCAAUGAUGAAUGA